AUGGCAAAAGCUAAGGAAUUCUUUAGGGCCGCAAAGACAAAGCUGAGCAGGGCUUUCCACAUAUUCAAGCGUGAACGCCCAUAUCAACAUCAGGGGAUUAACAGCUUCACAUCUUUUGUGCAACAAGGGACAGAAGUCUCUUCCAACGACUCUGGCGUUGGGCAGCUGGCGCAGCAAGGUGACCCCUCUGUUCCUACUCAAGGUCAAUCGACGCUGAGGUACGUGAUCUCAAAUUACAUGGAGGGAUCAAGCGAGGCUGACUAUGACUCAAUUUUAGAUUCUGCUGGACAGCUGUCAGAAAAGGGCCACGGGCGCUUUGAUAACAACCUUGCAUUGCAGCUGCUCAAAUCAGAAGUGACAGAGACAAAGCUAUCUGAACUCCCGGAGUCUGAAGAGUCACCGAUAGGUUCGGCCCUUACGCCUACUUCGGCGAACAUUUUGGGCACUUCUGAGGUGAGUGGCCAGGAAACGAACGCUUCAACCUGGAAUCUCCUCCUGGGACAGACUCUCCGCCGCCAUAGACAUCAUCGUUCUCUUUCUGACUGGCUAGAAGAACAAGUGUUCGAGCCACGCCCUACCAACCCUGAUCUCACUGAGGCCGAUAGCCGAGGCAUGGAUAUUUCUGAGGCGCCGCCAUCUUCUCGCCAUCUCUCGUCUGGUAAUUCCAGUGCGGAUACCUUUGGACGCUGGAGACGUCGUCGCCCAGACGAUGGGCUUGCUCCCACUGGAGUGCCAGAUCCAUUCGUGAACCACGAGCCCACAGCUGAACAGAGAGGACUGCCGGCUAUGACUCUGGAUGAACUGAACCAUGAGACUCCUUCCCGCUGGUCAGCAGACUUCGACAAAUUCUCCUCUGAUGGCCAACAACGCAAAUUGGCACGGACUGCUUCAGGAAACUUCUCCCUUCGGCCUCAACAGUACAGCCUCAAGACUCCACCUCAACGACCUCGUACGGAGGAAAUCAACGUUCGCAAGAAUCGUGAGAGAACCAAAUUCGCGGCGGACACGAGCAAAGUGUCAGAGGAAGCUGAGAAUGUAGCUGCGAAUGACACGAAUGCGGACAAAGAUUCUGGCCAGCCUGCUUCCUUCCAACCAGGAGCAGCAGUGCUCGGUGCUCAGACGGCCAUGGAAAGCAUGCACCGAUCUUUCUGGCAGGUGGAUGCGGCACUUCGGCAACUCAGUCUCGAAAACCAGACGCACCAAAAGAACAUGAGGACAGUGCUGGACAGAAACCAAGCCCUAGAGCAAGAGCUCGAGAGAGCACACGCAGUGGUCAGAGAAAAAGAUGCGGAGCUUGAGCUCUUGCGCAGAGUGAUCGGCAAUGUGGCCCACGCCCUGCUAGCGUUCCCGAUCCCCGGCGUGCCAGGUCAAGCUCAACAGAAGAGUCAAGGUGGCAGUGUCUCUCCUAUAUCCGCAUCGAAGCUCUCGGAACCGCAAACGCCAGCGAACCAAGCCCUUCGCGAUUACAGUCGAGGGUAUACGAUGCGCAAGCUAUCAACCGGGUCCAUAAACACAGAUGCCGCAAACACCCCCCAGAAGGACUCUGACGAGGCGGGAAGCGUAGUCCCCCACGAGGUGAUAGACCCAGGAUUUGGCUUUGAUAUGGCAUACCAAGAGAGCGAGACUUCGGACAUGUACGGGGGCGAUGACUACGUGCUCGAAAACAAGGGAGCCGACGAGGAAUAUGAUGGCGAGGAUGAAGGGGAGAAAAACGACGGGGCCUCAGGCACCCCUCUCAGCUCCUCUGAACAGGCAGCAAAGCCCGAGUCUCUGGAUCACCAAGAGACCCCGUUGCAGAGCUCUCUCGGAGACUCUGUGUUGGGAUCCCUGCCUCGACUGCGCCCACGGAACUGGAACUGGUGA